AAAUAGAAGGGUUAGACUGAAGAACCCAUGGCGACGUGAAACACUCGCCGCAGGCCCCGAUGAGAGUGAGCGCAGGGGAGAAAGCAACAGGAUUGAGCAUACGGAAGAAAUCACUUAAAUACUUUGUUAAUAUACACUGUGGAAAAGGAACCUAAUGAAAGAGACAUCAUUGAAUCCACAUUGGUUUUAAGGUCUCUUUGACUCAUUCCACAAUGAGUGCCAUACAGAGGACCAGAAAUACUCUGACUACCUUCUACCCCAUCUCCCGAGGAAUCACAAUGGUCUCCAGACCUCCAUCUUCCACUGGAAGGCGUCCUUGGUCUUCUUGCACCCAAGCCUCAACCACAUCUUCCACAAGUAAUUCUGUUGAUGUCACUGCAGAUCCCUACUUGUCCAAUGCGGAAAUUGAAAACAUUGUUUUUCAAAGAGUAAAAGAAAAGCAGACGGAUCUAAGGAAAGCGUUCCGUGUGUAUGAUGUGGAGAAUAAUUUGACAGUUACUACAGGGGAGUUCCGUCGGGUAGUUGAAAGCUUCAUUCAGCCAUUGACAGAUGCACAGUUUAGCACACUUUUGAAAAAGGUCCCAAUGAAAAACACUUGGACAGUAUUCUAUGAAGAGUUUCUUGGAAAGUGUUGUAGGCUUUCAACUGCAAAUAGCAGGUGUCGAUCAAGUGGUGAUGAUCACACCAUGACGCUAGCAGAAAUUCAGCUUCGUCUGAAAGACAAGAUUUCUAGGAAUCUCAAAAAUAUCAUCAGGGCCUUUCGACUCUUUGACUACAAUCGAGAUGGUCUAAUCCAGAUGCAUGAAUUUAGAAGAGUUCUUGAAAGUUACUGCUUCCGUAUGGCAAAUAAAGAAUUCACCAAACUUUGGUCCCAUUAUACCGUGGGGAACACCUGCACACUCGACUACAAGGAGUUUCUAAAGAAACUUGGAUUGAACUGUGAGGCUUACAGCAGACCAGUUCCAGAAAGUACCAAGCUAGUGCUGAACUGGGAAGCUGUGCAACAUGAACAGCAGAAGCUUUUGAAAAACAAGAAACCAGCAACGCCGUCUGAUGUUAUUUCAGUGGAAGGGUUAACUUUUGAUGAGGUUGUGCUGGCUUUGCGUAAAAAGAUUCUUGCUCAUUAUGUGGACAUUCAGAAAUCACUGCAAGCUUUUGAUCACAAGAGAAGUGGAUUUGUGUCAUCAUCAGAUCUAAAGUCUGUUCUUAGUAGCUUUGCUUUACCCAUGAGUGACAACACCUUCCAAAGAGUGCUGAGCUGGCAUGGAUUCAGAGAAAAUGGUGGAAUUCAAUGGGAAAAAUUCAUUUCUAUGUUCCGAGAGCCCAUGAUGACCAGACGGUGUCAGACAGCACCAACCAAGACACAGCAAAAGGUCAGCAUCUUUCAGGAGCCUUCUGAACAGUUUUCUACAAGAGACAUUUUACAGAAGCUCAGAGAACAUGUCCAGGCAGCUUACCCAUCACUGAAGAAGGCCUUCCUGGUGUUUGAUGAUAAUCGUGAUGGGAAAAUUACAAGGCCUGAACUGCGCAGGAUUUUAGAAGGCUUAACAUUUCGAAUGACAGAUAAUCAAUUUAAAGAGCUCAUGAUUUUACUGGAUCCAGAACAUACAGGCAUUAUCAGCUACCAUCGAUUUCUAGAGUUGUUUGAGCUGAAAGAGUCUAUGGAGGGCCACAAGUGGCUAAAUGGAGUGCAUGAAGCCCAGACAGUGAAGGAUCCAGAAGUAUCGACUUUGGCUCUGAAGACAGUUGAAGGCAUCUUGGCUGAUAAAAUCACUGACAACUGGAAGGAAAUUAUUAAAGCCUUUAAAUGUUAUGAUUCAGCAGAAACAGGAUGCAUCAGCCAGAAGGCAUUGCUGAAAAUCUUGCAGACAUACUGUCUGCGUCUCUCGGAUGAACACUUUGAGGAGCUGUGUGGACCUUGUAAAAACUUGACAACCGGUGAAAUCUUUUACAAGCAGUUCUUGGACAACCUUGGUGUUUCAGUGCAGCCUGGUGACCUGGUCGGUGUAAGUACACAGGUGUCUGAGGGAAGUCAGCAAAGAGAGGAGGAGAGGAGAGCUGAUCACUCUGAAAGGAUGAAGCAGAUUGACAAAGAAGCAAAUUGUUUAACUAAGAAAAUGACAGUACAGGAGAUUAUAUUUAAACUGAAAGAGCAGAUGGCACAGCGUGAUGCCACCAUCAGGGAAAGCUUCCUGGCCAACUGCCAGCAACCUAAUGGACGAGUCACCAAGAAAGAUUUGAAGAAGCUUCUGGACAACUGUGGAAUGAUCAUGGAUAAUGAGCAAUUCCAAACCCUGUCGGAUGCACUUGGCUUUAAGAAUGAAGGAAUGACUUACCAUGAUUUUCUGGCUGCAUUUGAAAGCUUCUACCUUAGCAGAUCCAAUGCAGGCCCCCCGAUCGGCUCAAACCACCAUGUGAAUGGCACUCAAGUUCGUUAUAUGACAGCGGAAGAGUGCCUUGGCCAGAUGAUGAACAAAAUGAACGAGAAGUUUGGGGAUCUGUAUUCUGCAUUCUAUAAGAUGGACAGGAAUCGUGAUGGAAUCCUCACAAUGCAUGAUAUCCGGGACCUUGUCGACAGCUUCAUGUUUAUUAUGAAGGAGAAAGAAUACCAGCGCCUACUGAAGUUACUAGGACUGGGGCCGUAUUCUACCCUCAACUACCCUGAGUUCCUAAAACUGUUUCAGGUCAGGGAAACAUCAGCAGCUCACCCUUGGCUUAAAUCAGUUCACAGGCCGAAAAAUGUGCCAGAAACUGGUAUCAAUCUAGUCUGCGAACAGGUACAUCACUACCUGAUCACCAAAGCACAAACCAGAUGGCAUGACUUAGCAAAGGCAUUUCGAGAAUUUGAUCAAACUGGUAAAGGUAUCAUUCGAAAAAAAGAUCUCAGAGACGUCCUGUUUCGAUUUAAUUUGCCCAUCACAAGCAAUGACUUUGAAAAACUUUGGGCUAGGUAUGAUAAUGAAGAGAAAGGCCACCUGACUCACUCUGAAUUUCUAGAGAAGCUGGGAGUUGAGUUUUGCACUGCCGACAAUGGCACCAGUCGGAAUAUUGUGGAUGGCAACUCUAAAAGCUUACUGGAGCAUUACAACCUACAACAGCAAAAGCACCACGAGAUAGCCGAUAAGCAAAUACAACAAACCCGUAUGCUGCAGACUGCGCUGGUGGAAAAAGAUGUCAGAGACAAAUUCCGAGACAAUUACCAGGAUUUCAGUUCAGCAUUUGCCAAGCUUGACAAAAAUAAGGAUGGCUACAUUACAGUGGAAGACCUGUACCGGGUUCUUCAAGACCACAGCUAUCACCUGGAUGAAGAGAAGUUCACUCACCUCCUGCAAAGGCUUGGUAUUGGGACUCAUGACAACAUGUUGUCUUACACUGACUUUGUGAAAGCUGUGGAUGAGGGCAUGCCGAACAAGACAGCACCUGCUACUCCACAAGAAGCGUCUCAGAUUCUCAGCCCAGAAGAGGCUUUAAUCAAACUGAAGAAGAUGAUGGCAUACACUUCGGGCUCAUUAGAAAAGGCUUUUACUGCUUUUGAUAAAUGCAACAGAGGUGAAAUAAAGCUGGAGGACUUCCGCCAUGUGUUAAAUUGCUUCUGCUUCAGGCUGUCUGAUCUGCAGUUUCUUUACUUGGUUAGCAAACUGAAACUGAACAAAAAUGAAUCAGUUGUUGAUUGGAAGGAUUUCUUACAGAUUAUGGAACUUCCGAUCCAACAGAUUAAAGAAGACUGGGCAGACAAGGUAGAAAAAAAGGUAGAGAAAGUCAGCACACCUUUACCUUCCAAAAGCUUGUCACUGAAAGACAUCCUGAGUCGCAUACGUGAGGUUGUUUCAUCCCGUUUGUACAUCAUCACAAAGGAGUUGACUGAUAUCGACUAUGCCCACAUUAAUGUUAUUGCCAAAGAGGACUUCAGGGAUAUUUGCAAUCGCCAUUUUAUGCGACUAACAGAUGAGCAGUUUGAAUAUCUUUGGAGUGAAAUGCCAGUCAAUAAUUUUGGAAACCUUGAAUAUCAAGAAUUUUUAAAGAUGUUCAGUGGAGAACCCAGUUACAAACCUCAGAGUCCUGCUCCUUCUGUUCAGAGAAGUGGAUGUGGAAGUCCUGUAAAAACACCCUCGGACCAUCUGGAGAGAUCAUCCUCCUUAAGUCGACGGCCAAAGACGGCACCUUCUGCCAUAAUUCGCUCAAAGUCUAUGGAUUCCUUGAAACGUCCUUUGACAGCACGAGACUGUUCAACACCCUUAAUAAACUGUGAGUUCAUUGAGCAGAAGCUAAAGAAUCAAAUCUACAAGUGCUGGAAGGACAUUCAGAAGGAAUGCAGAUUUCGAGAUCCCGAAGGGAGAGGAGAAAUCAGUAUUUCCAACUUCUAUGGUAUUAUGGAAAAACUCAACAUAAAGAUCCCUGAGCAUGAUUUUGAGAAAAUCAUGAUGAAAUAUGACCUUAAAAACAAUGGAAGUUUUGCUUAUCCAGAAUUUUUGCGCCACUUUGUUCUCACAAUGAAGCCCCAAGAGGAUGACUUGCUUCAGAGGAUGAAGGUCCUUAAGCCCCGUGUUCCUAUGACUCCUGGGGUGGAAACAGCACAAUUUUGGGAGUCAAUGCUAAGAAUCCAAAGACAAGUUCUGCAGUACUGGAGGCAAAUAAGACGCUACUUCACAUAUUGUGAUCAACAGAAAAGUGGCUACAUUUCCUUGAAGGAUUUCCGACAGGUGUUAAGGAAUUUUAGUGUGAACCUCUCAGAAGAAGAUUUCUUCCAAAUCACAACCUACUUUGACAAGAAUCUGACAGGACAAAUUUCCUACAAUGACUUCAUGCGAGUCUUCCUCAAAUAAAUGCUGUUGCUGGUGUCAGAGUACUGCUGAAGUCAAAAAUUUUUUGGACCUCCGUUUAAAUUCCUUGGGCAAGCUUCACAUUUUGGCUGAAACAAGCAAUUCCUUUCACAACCAUGAGGAGGCAGUAUUAAUUUACAGUUUGUCACAUGAAACCAGCAGAGUUGGAUACAAAGCUGAAUGAAGUUUUUGGGUUCCAAAAGCCCAACAGGUUUUCUUCAUAACUGGGUGCUUUACAAUUUUCUUCUUCUUAUUUUUUAAAAUUUUGAUCUAAUUUUAUUUUACAUUGUGAUACAAAAUGACGUUUCUGGAUUCGAAUAUGCUGUCAUGUUUUUGUUUAAUUAUUUUUUUCCUGACAAGAUGUUAAUUUUUUUUCAUAGUCGUUAAGCACGUUUUUUAGUCUAUGAUAUUAUCUUGUGUAUAACUAUAAUAUUUUCUCCCACUUUAGGAUGCAACAUUUUAUUUUCUGCUAUGCUAAAAUUUACAUAGAAAACAAUUUCUAUCUAACAAAAUCAAAUUGCAGUCUAUACUAAAUAUUGAGCUUCUGCAACCACCCAAUAGGAUUUCUUGAAAUCCUGGUCCUCCAUUCUACAACGGCAGUGGGCCUCAUGGUGUCUCUUCAUCUUCAUAACUGCCAAAGUGCCAAAGUCUGAAAUUAAAAAAAAAAAAAAAAAAAGUGCAUGCACUUAUUUUAUUACUAAAACUUGGGGAAGAGUAAAUAUGUAGACCACAAUGUAUAAAGAAGCCCUGGUGCCCUUCCAGAACAUCUCUCCCACUGAGUGCUGCACUCACCCUUUUCUUCCCCAUUUCUUUUGCUUUCUUCCUCCUCCUCCUUUGACUCUCCAUUAAGCGACUUCCUGGCCACUCAAUUCCCUGGUCAGGAUGGUCAACUAUUAGUAGAGGUACACCAUGCUAAAACUUCCCCAGUAUCAUGUGAAACCUUUAAAAAGUGAGUGUCAUCUUAGUUAUCCAGCCAGGCAAUAGAAUUCUCUCUGUCCCACAAUUGGGACUCCUAGCUGGGAGUAAGCUUAGGAUGCUUUAUAACUGCUUCCCAUGUCCUACUCUGAAGUUGGACAAAUUCUUUACCUAGUCAGACUUUUAGUGCAAUUCCUAGGAGUUGUUCUGAUAAAUAUGAACACAGGUCUUCACUAAGUCUCGUCUCUCUGUCCAACAAUGGGAGUAUGUAGCUUAGACAUUUUCUGUUCAUUGGCUCACCCUCCACGGUCCUCUCUUUGAGAAGUGGCUUUGUCUGUCCCUCCAUAAGGAGAAGUGGUCACCUAUUGGCUUGGAGGACUUCUGGCGUCAUGCCGGUGCUCAGUGACUUCACUCUUUUCUUUCUGGCUGGAGUGUCAAGUAACACUUGUCCUUGCUGUGUUUCCUACUUUCUACCACCUUGGGAAAUGAAGUUUGUCUUCCCAGCAUGCCUCAUUCUCUCUCUGCAGUCAAGUCUUUUCACAUUUCCUGAGGUGCUGUCCUAUCACACGAGUGUCCAGAAGUGUUCUGUCCCUGUCAGUGUCCCAUGCACUUUGACGGUGCCCCUUUGUCCCUGGCAGCCCCUUGCCACUCAGGUACUUCAUCACAAUAGACAAAUAUACAUCAUUUUUGACACAAUUUAGAUGGGCUUUUUCAAUGCUUAAUUUUUAUUUUGAAUAAAGGCAAUCUAUAAAAUGCAUUUCACCAGUAGUGAUGCCAAAAUAUCUGCAUUAACUAUUCUCCCUCCAAACCAGUAUUUGGUGCAAAGGUUACAGGAAAUAGAAGGCUAGCAUUAAGUACAACAGCUGAUUAUAUCAUCUGUACAGAGGAGCCAAAUAACUUAAAAACAGAAGCUUGUUUGAUCUUAAAGAUUUGUAGUGCUACACUUAGAAUUAGGGAUGAUUACCAUGUGAGCAUGUUUUAAAAUGAUUUAAUUCUGAGAUGCAGAAUAUAGAAAUGAAAAAUCUUUGAAACCCAGGUAUUUUUAAACACUUAUUUCUAAGAAGGAAUUUAAAAAGAAGCUGUUUUUGAGUUGGUGAACAUUCAAAAAUGGAACAAAAGAGAUUGGUUUUCCAAGAAAAAACAACACACAGAUUCACACACACACACACACAAACACACCGAACUUCUGCACAUUUUCCUUUGUUUGUCCAAUUCAAUGAACCCUGAGUAAUUAUUCAUGUUUAAGAUCGGAUGGCAACGAGCCUGUUGUGCUAUUUUACAAAGAUUAAAAAUAGUAAGUGGAGCAGGUAGGAUUUGCGGACUAUUGUUCAGACGCCUGCAGGUCUGAUGCACCCUUACAGUGCGAGUCUCACCAUCAGUGAGGAUGCAAUGGGAUGCUAGUGGAGGUUUUAAAAUGACACCACCUUUAAAGAGACUGAGCAGCGCUAGCUUUCAGGAUGCCAAAGUCGCAAUGGAUUUCUAACAUGAAUCGACUUGCAGAGAGGGGGCCACAUCAGCACUUAGAUACAUCUACUACUGGUAUUUGAAACGUUGAAUAAAUACUUCUGUGGCAAAGGCAUAAAGUUAUCUUCUCCUAUUUGAAUGUGACAGAAUCGAAUGAAGGCAACUGCGUCUGUUAAAACAGAACUGCUGAAUACGCCUUCAAAUGGAGCAAAUACAGUUUGAGCUUGAGGUGUUCAAAAGUUUGUGCAGAUUUUUUUGAAAAUGUUGUUAAUUGUUAGACUCUUACACUAAAACCCUUUAAAAAAUCUUUUUUAACCCUCUGAUCCAAUGAAGCGCUGACCUCAGUUUACGGACUUUAUCAGUGUGCUCUUGAUUUCUGAACUGUUGUCCUGAAGAGCAAGCCGGUUCCGUCGCUCCCAGUGACCCAUGGCAGAACAUUGAGGGAGGCUCUUCACUCGCCUCUACUCUGCUUCAUUCAUUGAAACCUGGAAAUGGUUGCACCACUAAAGCAUCUUGGGAAUGGGGUUAUACAUGCCAUUUCUAAUGUUUUGAUAUGCCAUCACAAGGAUGCCAGUUUGCUUUGUGUGGUCCUCAGCCAAUCACUUUUAAAACUGUCGUUCAGUACAGCACCAUGGGACGGUGUCAGUACUAAAUAAAAUGCAGAUUCCGUAUCCAACACUGAUUUAUUAUGUGAUCCUUAUCCAAAAACUUUGCCCAACAGAGCUGCCUACACUCAAGUGCACCUUGAGCUGUUCUGUAAUAUGAAAUGGUGCUACUGUACAGUAAAUCACAAAGCUGAUGUUUAGACACUCACUGUGCACUCCUCUGUGAAUCACUUAAUCUGCCAUUUUACGAACCUUAUAAAGUUAAAAAAAUGCUUGUUAAAACGGGCAGGUUUACAGUUAUGUGAGUUUGAGGUAUGGAAGGGCUUUUGCCAUUGGUUGUUUUUUUCCCCAAAUCUCAAAACAUUUUUGCAACAUGGAGCCAUUCCUCAGGAUUCUUUCAUACCUCUAUCUGGGUGCUCAUCUCUAUUUUCCAUGAAAAGAUGCAAAGCAAUAUAACACAAAUACUGUAACUGGAAGUUGUUGACACGCAGAGCUGAAUUUGAUCAACAGUGAUGACUGCCUGUGCCAACGUGAUGGAACGCUGAUGCCUACUUCCUCUAAAAGCAUUCUGCUGUUCUGGUGAGAUGUUUUGAAUGUAUUUUUUAUUAUAUUCUCUAUGUAAAUGUACUGUAAGAUCAAUUUGCAUUUUGAUACCACUUUUGGAAUAUGCAGGGUUCAAAACAUUUAGACUCUCCUCUGUUUUAUUGUACAACCACCCAUACAAAAAAAAACUGACUUUGGAAAUCCUUGACUGGGUAAACAGUUUUUCUGUGAAUUAUAAUCUUAUAUUUGAUUAAAAUGUACUGAGUCCCAAUUUGUCAGGUCUGUUAUGUCCAAGAAAAUCAGUCAUUAGAAAUUACUGUCAUUACCAGUCAACCUUGCAUUGUACCAAAUCAAUAAAAAUGAAUAAGGAA